AUGACUAACAUGAAAGCAGUGAUAGCAAAUGGACCAAAAGAUUAUAAACUUAUUUCUGACAAACCAAUACCUACAAUAAAAGAUGGAGAAACAUUAGUCAGAGUAUUGACAAGUGGAAUUUGCGGUUCUGAUCUAAAAAUGUAUGAAGGUAGUGAAUUUUACUGGGGAGUCGGUGGACGUGCGCGACGUGGUGUUAUUCCUGGUCAUGAAUUCAUUGGUUCAGUCGUUGAUAUCGAUCCUUCGAUAGCUCGCGAUCAAUCAAUUUCCGUCGGUGAUGUCGUUGUUGCUGAGCAACUUGUAGCUUGUCGAGAUCAAUGUUGGUUUUGCAAGAAUGGUAUGGAACAUAAAUGUGAUAAAUUAGUUAUUUAUGGUCAAGGUAUUGAUGGUUGUAUGGCUGAAUAUAUGAUCUAUAAAAAGGGAUCUUGGCUACAUAAAGUUCCUGAAGGCUUAUCGCCAACUUAUGCUGUUUUGGCUGAACCGGUUGCUGUUUCUGUCCAUGCAAUGGAUCGAGCACAUUUAAAGCCAACUGAUCUGGUUGUCGUUUCUGGAUGUGGUACAAUAGGUUUGGGUUUAAUUGCUGCUAUUGAGACAUAUUAUCCAGACGUAUCAAUAGUUGGUCUUGAUUAUUUUCAAUUUAAACUUGAUUUAGCUAAAUGUAUUGCUAAGAACUGUACAACAUUUAAUUUGUCAGAUAAAACAGUUUCGACGAUAGCCGAUAUUGUUCGAAAAAUGUCUGGUGAACAAAAUGGUGCUGACGUUUUUUUCGAAUGUUCAGGUUCACCUGAUUCUAUUAGAGCUGGUUUUGAAUUUGUUCGUAAAUGUGGAACCUUUGUUCAUGUUGGAAUAUGUAAAGAAAUACAUGUUGAUGCUCCAUGGAAUGCUAUAUCAGCUGGAAAAGAAUUAACAAUAGUUGGUUGUAACUUAGGUCGACAUGCUUGGCCACGUGCUUUUGAAAUUUUAAAAAAAUGUGAUUUAUCUCGAAUGAUAACACAUAGAUUACCAUUAGAAGAAUAUUCUAAUGCAUUGGGUUUGAUUAGUUCUGGAAUCAAAGUUGUACUUGAUCCGACUCUUCCUGCACCAAAACUACUUAAUGAUUCCCUAUCAUUAUUACCAAUAGUUAAUAAUAAUGAUAAAAAGCAAUUAAAAAUAAACGAUAGUGUUGCGUUUGUAACAGGUUCUUCUCAUGGUAUAGGACGGGCUAUUGCUAUUGCUCUUGCUAGAGAAGGUGCAAAAGUCGUUAUUCAUGGUACAAAUCAUGAUAGUCCAAGUCAUUCAAAUGAAGGUACUACAAUGACAAUGCUUGCUCAAGAACUAUCAACAAUAACUAAUAAUACUCAAAUAACACCUGUCUGGGGUGAUUUAUCAACAAAAGAAAGUGUUCAAUCUGUUCUUAAUCAUAUUAAAUAUCCUAUCGAUAUUUUAAUUUGUUGUGAUGGAGAAAAUAUUAAUUCAAAUGAAGUAAAUACAGCAGCUGAAGGUAAAAUAUGUAAUGAUACAUGUUUAACAAUAAGUGAUUCAGAUACAAAAUCAAUUUUAAAUCGAAAUUUUUGGACAACACAUCUUGUUUGUCAAUCAAUUGUUCCUCAAAUGAUUCGAAAUCAUCAAGGUCAUGUUAUUAUUAUUGGUUCGACAUCGGCUUUAAUUGGACAAGAAAAAUGUGCUCUUUAUACAGUAUCAAAAGCAGCGGUUCAUCAAUAUAUGAGAUGUUUAGCAACUGAAGUAAAAUCAUUAGGUAUUAGAGUUAAUUGUAUUGCACCAGGAAUUGGAACAGAACAAAAUGUUACUAACAAACCAGAACAUAUUGCUAAUGCUGUUAUUCAAUUACUUAAUAUGAAUUUUGUUCAUGGACAAAUUAUUCGUGUCGAUGGUGGAGAACAAAUAUUUUCUUGUUAA